AUGAAUAACUUAAACGCCCUUACAGACACAACAUUAACUAUUAUGUCGUAUAAUGUCCAAAUGCUACCCGUUCCUUUAAGCAACCAGUUAAAUUUAUCGACCAGACAAGAUGCCCUAAUUGAAUACAUAUGCACCCUGGACGAUCUGCUCAACAUAGAUAUACUUGUUCUAAACGAAGUGUUCACGAGGGACUUUUAUGACUUGCUUACCAAGGGAAAGGUCAAGGAUAAAUUUCCCUACCAUACUAAUGUGAUUGGCAGGAAGGAUGAGGGAACUGUGAAGUGGAGCAAGUCCAUCGCGCAGGUCGAGAAAGACGCAAGGGUGGGGAGUAGUACCAAGGGGAAGACUCCAAAGAAGAAGGCAGCCGAAGGGAAGGUCCCUAAUGACCUGAACAGGAAGGUUGUCAGCACGAAGGCGGCGCCUCCCAAAGGACCACCCUCCAAAGUAACCACAUUAGGAGGAGCCAUUCCAAGGGGACAGAAAACGUCGUCCCUUAACUCAAGUGACACGAACAAUAACAAUGAGGAGGAAGCGGGGGAGACACUAAACCUGGAUUCCAGCGAUGCCAGCAAUAGGAGUGAUUCCGAGUGCAUUUUAUCGUUCCACUGCGGCGUCGAAAGGGGAAACAAAAUAAAGGGAAAGUCAAGCAGUCACAAUUAUAAGGUGGUGGAGAAUAGCAAUGAAAGAAGCAACGAAAGAUUCAACGGGGGGGAUGAGUCCACCAAAACGGAGAGUAGCAACAGCGAUAAAGAAGCACAGUGCAGUGAAACGGACGACGGAAUGGUCUUCCCGGGGGAAAGACAGAAUCUGUGGGUGAAUAGCAGGGGGUCGACCAAGAAGGGUGCUCCCGGGAGGACCCCACAUGCGAACGUAGAUGAGCUCACUAAGGAGAGCAGCAGUAGGAGGAACACAGCCGACUUAGAGAACAACAACGGGGAUAGUAAGUUGAGCACACAGAGUAGUUACCGCACAGAUGGUAAGUUGAGCAUACAAAGUAGUAACAACGCGGGGGAAGAUCACAUAAACGCAAUUUGCGAUAUAACGAGUGAAGACAAAACGAGCACAUAUAACCGUGUGAACAGUGCAGAAAAUUUGAAAGAAAAAAAGUCCGAAGGUAAGAAGAACAAAAAAAAGAACCAACAGAAUAUAAGCAGCUUCGAUUCCGUGUCAGGCAAAUCAAAAUUUUAUCAUUUCCUAAACGGAGGUGUAAUCGUUCUGUCCAAGCACCCCUUUUUACACAAGCAUGCCAUGCUAUAUAGCAACAGUAAAUUUCCAGACAUGUUCUGUACAAAGGGUGCCAUUUACAUAAAAUUGUCUGUUAAUAACAAACCAGUGAAUGUGAUAGCAACCCACUUGCAAGCAGGAGAUUCGAGUGGGGAGCAGAAUUGCAGGUGGAAGCAAUUAAAUGAAUUGAGCAACUGGGUAUAUAAUGGGACGCCAAGUUUGCAUAUAAAAAAAAAUGAGCCCCUUUUUUUUGUUGGCGAUUUUAAUAUUAGAUAUGAGGUAGAUAAAUCAUUUUUUGAUAAAGUACUGUCCAGUGAUUGCUUAAAUAGCUACGUGACAAAGAAGGCACUGGAAACGACUUUCGAUUCUUACCUGAACGACUACUGCAUGCAUAUGGAGCGUGAUUACUCCUUUAAAUAUAAAUACACGUUAGACUAUAUAUUGGUAAAUAAGGACUGCAACGUGAAGACCCUCGUGCCACAGACAGCCAUUCAGAAGGGCUACCGGCCAAUUCAGAUCAUAAAAUGUUUGUUCGGCUUUAUUCCUUACAAAUGUACUUACGUGCAUCACCCCAGUGACCACUUCCCGAUAUAUGCCACGUUUAAAAUUCCGAAUUAG